UCGUGGACCCGUGGCCAGGACUCCGCACACUGCCCUACUGUGCUGACUUUUCUGUUAGCGGGCCUUUGCUGAGGACGGCGAGCGGAGCAGGGAAUGAAGGAUGGCAGCACGCCGUGCGUUAAAAGCUGUUCUGGUAGAUCUCAAUGGCACACUUCACAUUGAAGAUGCAGCUGUGCCAGGCGCACAGGAAGCUCUUAAAAGGUUACGUGGUACUUCUCUAAUGGUUAGGUUUGUGACCAACACAACCAAGGAGAGCAAGAAAGACCUACUGGAAAGGCUGAAGAAGUUGGAAUUUGAUAUCUCUGAAGAUGAGAUAUUUACUUCUCUGACUGCAGCCAGGAAUUUAGUAGAGCAGAAACAAGUCCGGCCCAUGCUGCUAGUUGAUGAUCGGGCAUUACCCGAUUUCCAAGGAAUACAAACAAGCGAUCCUAAUGCUGUGGUCAUAGGAUUGGCACCAGAACAUUUUCAUUAUCAAAUUCUGAAUCAAGCAUUCCGGUUACUCCUGGAUGGGGCACCGCUGGUUGCAAUCCACAAAGCCAGGUAUUACAAGAGGAAAGAUGGCUUAGCCCUGGGGCCUGGACCGUUUGUGACUGCUUUGGAGUACGCCACUGAUACCAAAGCCACAGUAGUUGGAAAACCAGAGGAAACAUUCUUUUUGGAGGCACUGCGGGGCACUGGCUGUGCACCUGAGGAGGCUGUCAUGAUAGGAGACGAUUGCAGGGAUGACGUUGGAGGGGCUCAGAAUGUCGGCAUGCUGGGCAUCUUAGUAAAAACUGGUAAAUACCGAGCAGCAGAUGAAGAAAAAAUUAACCCACCUCCUUACUUAACUUGUGAGAGUUUCCCUCAUGCUGUGGACCACAUUCUGCAGCAUCUACUCUGAAUCAUUACAUGAAUACGAAGCAACUUGAAACUCAGCUUUUCAUCGCCGGGAAUGAAUCCCUCACCAACUCAAUGGCAGCAUAGGCAGACACACCCCUCAGCACUGACAUGGUGCAACCCUCUUUCAUUGUGCAUUAAUUAGAAAGAAAGGUAUUGAAUUACAGCCAGCCACUAAGCCCUGCUUAUCUCUUUUGUUUUAUUUUGUAAAAGAAGAUGAGACCCAAAGAAAUGGAAAGCUGGGAUUUUAUGCCAUUCUUUUUAAAAUAUUCAUCAAAUCAGCAGGGCUAGGAGGGAGAACCUACUGCAGGGAGUCCUGUUCUUUGCGGUCUCCCCACUGGUAAAUUGGGAGGGUGGGUUCAGACUGUGAAUAAAGUUGAAAGGUGCACUAGGCUGUAGUUUUAAUAUUGAGUUCAGCUGUGAAACCCUUCAGACGUGCCAAGUAGAGUACAUGUCAGAAGCAGCAAAAUAAAUUGUCCUUUAGCCCCAGUGAUUGAGUGAAUUUGCUUUAACGGAUGUUGAAAACUAGAUUAUGUGCUGUACUAUUCCCAGCACGGAUGACUUCUUUUUCUCUUCAUUAGCCAGAGAUGACUAAUUUAAAUUUAGAACCUGAUUUUAAUUUAAAAUAAUAUUUCCAUUAAUAACCUAUUCAUUGCAGAUACCUAUUAUACUGUGUAACAGUUGUUUUGGAAAUUUUAUGUAAAAUUAAAACUAUCAGUAUUUUACAGAUGUUUUAAUUAGACAUUGUUAUUAACAGGAACAGUGCAGAAACUAAAAUCAAGCCUUUAAUGUCUUACAGACCAUGCAUUUUUGAAGUUAGUGUCCACCAGGGUCCUAUUAACUGUACAUUUGCAAGAUUUCAUUAUUUUUGCCUCUGACACUAUGGGAAAAAUCUUUUAGAAGCUAUUGGGACAGAUUCAGGCUUUUAUGUACUUGGUUACUACAGCUGUAAAAUGAAAUCUCGUCUGGUAACAUGGAUUAUUCUUAUGUUAAACCCACCAAAAUGAAGGGGACUAAGUAGGUAAUGAUUUUCCUAGUGCAUUUGCAUACUGUGAUAAUCCUGGGCCUUUGCAAUUGUUUUACAGGACUCUUGGGCAUUGAAUUAUUAGCAUGUAAUUGUACAUCAUUGUAGUGUUCACCUUAUUGAAGCACACACUAAUGUUAAUGAGCUUCGGGUUUUGAUGCUUGUUUAGAGAUCAGCUUGGUCUUAGAUGGGAGGGAGCAAAGCUAAAUAAAUGGCAGCUCCUCUCCUUUUGGUGGUUUGGUGAACACUCUGUUCUUGUUUUUGCAGAUGCACCAACUUGGUCCUUAAACACCGUAGAGAGCAAAAGAUAAGAUGUGACAGGACCACC